AGAGCACGCGGUAAAGCAGAGAGAGAGAAAGAGCUGCUCGUACACCACUAUUUGAAUAGUUUGCCCCUUCACUUUUAAGGCACUCACUGCGUAAAGAAGAGCAGUAAAUACAUUUGUGUUGCGCUCUUUCACAUCCUCUUUGUCAUACAUACUUCUUUCACACACAUGCAUCUUUAUAUAUAUAUAUUGCGUUGCCCUUCGUUGUUCUUCGUUUUAGUAUUUUUGAUGUGUUAUUCCUCUCCAGCACUUUCUUUUUUAUUACUUCUUCUUACGCACGUCUGCAUUCUUUUGCUAGUCAACAAUUCCAUUCUUUUUCGUUCUUGCCUGCUCUUUCUUUAAUGUCUUUUCGUUAUUGUUGUUGUUACUGACUUCCAGCACUUUGUUUUCAAAAGCUGCUUUUGCUUCUUUUCCGGUGGAGGUGGUUUCCAGUUUUGUGUCUAUUUCUUGGUGUGUUUGCUGUCCCGUUGUUGAGCUUCCAUUAUUAUUAUUAUUAUUACCAACGUCGUCAUUGUUUUCACCCAUAUACGUGCAUCUCCGUCAACUGUAAAGGAAGAAGAGAUAAUAAUAAAAAAUGAUCCGUUCGGGACGCUCAUCAUUAGCGGAGAGCUUCCAUUCGCUGGCGGACAGCACGGGCGGUGAUGAGUUCCUCGCUGCAAGUCCGUUCAAUCCGGAGAACCUUGAGCGGCGUCGCGCGCAGCGAGACACGAACGUGAGCAAAGCCGCAUUUCAACCUCAGUUUUGCCGCAUCGACUCGAUGGCGUACCUCGGACGUGGCAUUGUGGAGGACAACGACCACGUGGCUCCCGUUGCCGUUCAGUCCCCGCGAGAACGACCACCGCAGCCGUCCCCCAACGCAGGCUCGGCUUCUGGCGCAAAGAGCGCUGGCGGUGGAAGCGGACGUCCUCCGCUGUCAAAUCGCUUUGUAUCCGACAACCAUUCAGCGGGGAGCGCAGUGCGACGCCACGUCGGUAAUGGAGAUCGCAAUGGCCACGUCCACGGACCGAAAAGCACCAACCCAGCCGCGAGCGCCUCGCCUUCUCCUCUCUCCACCCCUCCGCCCCUCACGAGGGCAACGCGCGUCCCAGCCCCUCCCGCAUCGGAGCCCGGCACGUCGCCCCGCAGCGGCACGAACUGCCGCAGUCUGCAGCCUGGCGCCUGUAGCGGAGCCGUGACGUCCACGACACCUGCAGACACGUCGAAGGUCGCGCAUUCCGCGCUGCCUGUGUCUCCCCCUGCUUCUGCCUUCAACAUGUGCGCACCGAAGAAAGCAGCGAUCACGGACUCACGCUCCCCGGCCUGCUGGCCUCUCGACUCUGCCGGUGGUGGUGCGCCGCAGCCUGUGCAUCCUUCGCCCCAAGUGCGGCCGCCGCAUACCCCCGCCAGCUUCCACAUCACCAAGUCCCCAUCUUGUGCUGGCGCCGUCGACCAGGGGCGAAAAAAACACUGGACCGAUCGACUCGACUUGUGUAAUGCCGGCAAUAGAGACAUUCGCAGUCAAGCAGAUGCAGGUUGUCGUGCUUCCUUUACCCGGGGGCGACGCCGAACGUCGGACUUGCCGGACUUCAUAGCCCCUUUAUCCCCUGCGAAGCUGUCCGCGAUUGAAGGCAACGGGCUGCCACCCUCACCCAUUUCUCGCGGCGUUGGCGCGGCGAGCUCGCUUUCUUCGCAGACGUCGGUCCCGGCGCUACCGAUGCUGAAUGGGCAGGGCAGCAGCGGCGACAACCUCAACAGCAGCAACGUCUCGCAGCAAAUGGUGGUGCGGCGACGCAACUCGUCACCUGCGCGUGUGCGUCGCCCCUCCGCCACCACUACAACUGCAGCCGGCUCACGAACCACAACGGGGGUGGCUGCACGGGCAGGAGUGCCUUCCCCGCCGCUGCUCGGCCUGCGCGGAAAGACGAGCGACAGCAAGAGCAGUAACAGCACAAAGGAGGCGCCGUCACCAAGUCCGUCCCCGGCCGGUCGCAGCUUUGGUCUGCGGGUGCCACCGACGACCAGCGGUACGGGUGUGAAUGGGCGAGGAAAUUGGCAGGUCCCUGCAAGUCCGAAAGGGACGGUGUUGAGCGCCUUCCUGGCGUCUGCAGCCCCCAGUGCUGUAAGCGUGUUGUCACGUUCAUCUUCGUCGGCGUCGUUCUCGUCCUCCACGCCUGCCGCCUCACCGUCGGUCACGCUGCGCUUGAUGGCCGACAACGCACCCAGCAGUCGCCUCGCGACUGCUACACGGACCACCGUUACGCAGGUGUCUCGACCGGAAACGGCAGCGUUUCAUCGCUCGUCUGCACCGCCUCCCGCGCCGAAGCGGAGGGCAGUGGUACCGACGCCUGUGGCGGUGCGCACGGCCAGCGCCCCCAACCUCGUGCAGACGAGUGCCAGCGAUAGAAACGAUACCGGUAGUCCGAGUCGAGGCUCGGCUGACGCGCGGCAAGACGGUGUCCCGAUGGACUUGAACGCCAUUAAUGCGGAUUUUUUGAAUAAGAUCAAAAAGGCGCAGCGCCGCCGCUCAUUGCUGGACGUCGAGGGGGGCAGCAUGAGCGAUUCCGUCCGACGGCAGUACUACCUUCUCCCCUCGGAGGAAGAGACAUCCAUCCCGAACUUUGCGCGACGGGCCGGCGACUUGCACGUCAAGAUAAACGGUUCUCUCCUCGCGGGCAGCAGUGACGUGACGGGAGAUGGCAGCCAUCGCAAAAGCAGCGAAGGUGACGGCGCGGACUCGGCGUUCUUUCCCCCUGCGUCCAAGACCCCAUCAGCCCCCUCGUCGCUGGGGAGGAAAGACGCGUCCUCCUCCGCGGUGCCGCAUAAUCGUUUCUGGAGCGCCGGGCCGCCCACGACAGGGGAGAGUCCGCAUACGCCAGAGUGCUCGCCGCAGUCGGCGCGGUUUAUUCUGCCCGAGCCGUCUGACGCCGGCACCGACUCGGACGGCAGCGAGGACCUGAUGGAGCCGUUAAUGCUGGACGCCACGCGUGUUUAUUAUCCUGAGAGUAGCAAGACCAUUCACGCGAAGAGGUGA